CCGAAGUCUGCAUUGGACCGCUGAUUGGGGAGACAGUUUUGAGUCAGACGGCGCCAAGUGCGGUACCGAAAGCGGCACUCAAACCAGAACACCAUCGGCCUAGCCAUAUGCUGGGGACUAUGCUGCGACAGCUCUGCCCAGUGCUGCUGCUGGUCGCACUGACUGUUGGUCCUGCCAGCAGUCAUGCCACGAUCGGGGAGUCGGAGUUGCGGGACAAGCGCGGAGCCGUCACCAUUGACUUGGGCCAGAUCCUUCGCAAUGUGCUGCUCAAGAGUGCCCAGUUCUCCAACGCAAAGGCCGCCCUGACCCAGCCAACGAGACGACCCACCAAAGCAACAACAACAACCACAACAACUACAACGAGUGCACCACCAGUCCAGCCAGGAACUCCUCCUGCGCCACGUCAAAGACCAAUCUGGCUGGAUCAGCCGCAUGGCUACUAUUCGCUCGGCUAUCUGCCCUUUGACUAUGACAACGACUAUCCCGCUGCCGCGGGCAGAGCACCAGCCAGACGCCCGCUGCAACCCGCGUUUGUGCAAAGGAAACCCGCAGGUCCUGCUCCACCUGCCCGCUACGAACCUGACUAUGACUAUGAUGCACCGCCGCCUGCACCACCGAAACAAAAGUCUCCACCACCACGUCCCCGUGCGCAGCCGCAGCCGCAGCCGCCAUUGCCUCAAGCCGGGCUGGGCGAUCGUCUGGUGUAUCAGUACGCACAACCGACUGAUACCUACUAUAGGCCCAGCGGGCUCGGGGCGCAGGGGGAAACGGUGGAGACGGACACAGGCGCGGCAGCGGCAGCGGCAGCGGUUCAGCAUGGAAACUCUGGUGCAGUUCCACCCUGGUUUCUCGUCAACUAUGCGAACGAGAACGAUUUGGCAGACUUCUCCCGAGUACCGGGCACGUCUUUUGGCCAAAGGGACCCAGCCUCGGGCUACGUGUAAGCGCCGAUUUCCUAAUGAAGCAACGAGUAUUUAAGUUUGUGUGUUUGUAAUUGAAUAUCAUUGGGAUCGACUAAUUGUUUGUAUGCUAAAACUAAUAAAUACAUAAAUGUGGUUGUAACUAA